UUUCAGUGUCACCUGGCCACCGCAUUGGCACCGCCACCCGACACACACGAGAAACGCACCGCGGGAUUACUCGUAGUCGUCGUCGUCGUCGUCGUCGUCGUUGCCGCCGUCGUAGCCAAAUAAGUGCGAAUAAAAAAAUUAUUAUUAAUAAAAAAACAGUGCGUAAUAACGGCCAGUCUGCGGGACGACUGUCGAGAGGAUUUUUACUCGUACACUUUCUGACACGGUUAUCGUACGAAAAGAUCAGUGCGAAUUUUCCGACCGACCGAGCACAAAUGUGCCGCUCUUUAAAAAGUUGAAAAAUAACUAAAUCUAUGUAAUUUACUCGCGUAUGUUACAACACCUGUAUUUAUUGAAAAUCUUGACAUUUACGAUCGAUUUGAUAUAUAUUUUUUUUUGUUUGUUUUUUAAUUUGUUAUUUGUUUGUUAAUUAACCAUAGUAUUCACGGUAAACGUGAAUUUUCUAAAUAUUUAAUUGUAUUAUACAGUUCAUUAUUUGUGCAACUGUCAUCGUGGACCCGACCAGCGUAUCCAGAGCGGCGUGUGUAUAUGUAACUGCACACCACACAAAAAUUGCUAUUGUUGAAUGGUGACAAUGGCUGACACGGGAUUGUUGGCUGCACCGGCGGCAGCCCGACACGCCGCGGGUAAGAUGCAAACUCCCCCGGACUCGGUAUACUCGUCGGCCGCCGAAGACACCGACUCCGAUCCCGAUGACCAUACCAAAGAACAGCCUGUGUGCUUAGCUCGGGCAAAGAACAGCGGCGCGGUAGGUGCCGCCAUUCAUCAUCACCACCACAACAACAACAACAGCAUCAACAACAACAACAACAACAGCACCCGUAACAAGCGCAAGAAUUUCCAACCGCGUAACAUCAGCUAUUCCCAAGACGCUGACGACGAUGAAACGGCCGCUCGUGCGGGCGACAACGGCCACGAACGAUCCGGGACGACCUUGACAACCGGCAGCGUAACGGCGUCCGCCGCGGUACUGGACUUGAGCGCGUGCGCCGGAUCGACCCUGGCCAAGAGGCCUCGUGUUGACGACGGUUCCGCGCCGAUGGAUCUCACGUGUGCCGUCUCCACGCCACCUCCGCCACCGCUGUUGCUGGCGGCCUCGUUGCCGGACAGGCACCGAUUCUCGAUGGCCGGUGCCUUCCAUUCCACUCCAUUGUCCGGCCACCAUCAACCUCACGACGAGUCCGAACUCAAAGAAUACGCUCAGAAUACAGUCCGGGAACUGUUGGAAAUCUACGGACUCAACACUGACGUGGCCGACGCCAUCACCAAUAACGUGCCCAUGGUCAACUUCUCCACCGGACGCAUACUGGAAUCGUUGGCUGCCAGAGGCGUGGGACUGUAUCCGGCACUGAGUCUGCCGCUAUUGCAAGGCCUACACAAACCGCCCAGCACGUCGUCGGCCAGCCCUCAGUCCAGUCCGGCAAACUCUGCACCGUCUUCGCCCGUUCAAAAGCAAUCGGCCACUUCUGUGAUCGUGUCUGUGCCCCAAUCGAUUCACCACAGGGAAACGUCUUCCGGAAUAAAGACAUCGUCGACGACGUCGCUGGGCGUCCAGACCCUGUCGUCGGUGGCCGCUGCACCAGUGCCGACGACGCCGACCUACACCAACAACCAAGAUAACGGAUUAUCAAAACGGUCGCUGAGCCCGUUAGCGUUAACUACCGGUAGACCCGAAUCUCAAACGACACCUUCGUCAAUCGCAUCAGCUUUGAACAGUGUCACCAUGGUGUUGCAAGGAGCUGGCGGAGGUAGCGGCUGUUCAACACCUACGACCAGCGAUUACUCCCGCUACGUGAGGAGGUUCAGCAGUUGCCAGGAAUGUGGCUCUGUGCGGUGCCGAGAUCUAAACUACAGAGAGCAUUUCCAUUGUCUCGACUGUAACUCGAGAGUAUUCGUCAAAAAAGAAGAAAUGAUCAGACACUUCAAGUGGCACAAAAAGAGAGACGAGAGUCUACAACACGGUUUCAUGAGGUAUUCUCCUAGCGAUGACUGUUCAGAUAGAUAUCAGGGAUGCAGUCAUAAUCGCAAGCAGACUCAUUAUCAUUGCAUACAAGGCACGUGUGACAAAGUGUACAUCAGUACUUCGGAUGUACAAAUGCAUGCCAACUAUCACAGAAAAGAUUCGGCCAUCAUUCAAGAAGGAUUCCAGAGACUUAGAGCAACAGAGGAAUGUCGAACUCCGUAUUGCGCUUUUUACGGGCAAAGGACCACUCAUUUCCAUUGUAGGCGUGAUCAUUGUCAGUUCACUUUUAAAAAUAAGGCUGAUAUGGAAAAACACAAAACUUAUCACAUUAAAGACGAACAAUUAGCUAGAGACGGCUUUAAAAAAUUCAUGAAGCCUGAUCCCUGUGGUUUUUCAAAUUGUCGAUUUUCUCAAGUGUGCAAUCACAUCCAUUGCGUUCGCGACGGUUGUAACUAUGUUUUACACUCAAGUGGACAGCUGCUAAGCCACAAACGGAAACAUGAGCGUAAAGAUAGCGAAAUAGCGUACAGGAAAUUCAAGUUGGCUCAGCAAGCCGUACUUAACAUGACCGGUAAUCCGGAUCAGAUAAAUGAUUUGUCAAUUUCACCUAGUAGUUCUUUACAAUUCCUUCAUCAACAAGCUAACUCAUUGGCUUCUCUAUCUGCGCUAGCUGCUCAGGCAGGUGACGCAGCAAGCUAUAGUAAUAGCUCCAGCGAUGGAGGCCCAAUGUCUCCAUUACCUAUGUCAAGAGUGACUUCAAAAAUCAGCCAAGGAUUUUUCACAGAUAAUUCUUCCAUCAUGCCGGAUGUAUCUCUAGAUGACGUUGAAAUCUGGCCUAGGUAUCUCACCAGAUUCAAGCCAAACACGUGCCCUAGUGGUUCGACUUGUUUGUUAUACGACGCUGAUCACUUCCACUGCAAAGAGCCUAACUGUGAAAUGCCCGUCAGGAACCAAGAAUCAGCUGAAACACACGCUCGUAAUCAUGAUAACCAAGAAAGAAUUAAUGAGAGUUUCUAUCCUGGAGGUCCUGCAUAUUGUCAAGAUACCUGUCCUAAAGAACAACAUUACCAUUGUGUUUUGGAGGGUUGUUAUGAAGCAGUACUACCGUGUGAACGAGGCGAGCACAUAAAAAAUCAUGACGCUCCGUUCGGUCAAUACAAUUCCUUAGACGCCUUAUUCAGAAGAAAACGCGGCCGACCACCAAAAAAUCGUGUUAUCGAAGUCUGGAACGAUUAUGCCGGCGGUUCGACUGGCGAUUCGCCUCAAGCUAUUUUCACCAGCUUUAAGUUGCCCAAACCUUCUCAAACUGGACAACUGUCUGAAGAGGCAGACGUUCCAACUCAAACUACACUAGAACAACAUUGCUUCGAAGAAUACCGUUAUGGAUGUCCAGACAAUCUUUGCAAGUACACAAGCGAAGGUGUAGCAUUACACUAUCAUUGUCGCCGACCACGAUGCUUUUUUGCAACAGAUAAUGAUGAACAACUUCAAGCUCACUCCACACACUUCCAUGACAACGUGACCAUUCUAGAAGGAUUUCUAUUUUUUGACAGUUCUGUUGAUUGUCGAUUGGAGACUUGUGUUAACAAUACGGUAAAUAAGCAUUUCCAUUGUGUAAGAGCGGGAUGUGGUUUUUCGUUCACCAGAUACGCUCAGAUGGCCCAACAUUUGUUACAACAUCAAACCACAUCUGGCCUACAAAGUACUGAAAAAUUAGAUACUCAAAUUAAAGAAGAAAUUUUAUCUCCGUCAAGACCACAAACGACUCCAUCUCCAUCUGAUUCGGCUACCAGUCAACGGUCAACAACGGUGGUGAAGGCUUCGGGCACUUUCUACCCUAUGAGCGGCCUAUCGAACGCUAAGAGUUCCUCUCCAAAUUUCUCAGACCCUGCUGCUACCCUUACAGAAAAACCUAAAACUGACCCCAGUUUGAGCAUCGAACCAGUCGUUACCAUUCAAGUACUACCUGAAUGGAUGAGCUUGGAUAGACACGACAAAUACGGACCCGAACAGCCGUGCAGUCGUGCUUUCUGUAAACUCAAAAGAAAAGAACAUUAUCACUGUAAUGCAUGUAAUCAGGCUUUCUCAGAGUUAGACAAACUGAAACCGCAUAUAAUCAAACACACACCGGGUGCCAUUCCGACAUUCAUGCAGAAAUCCGAAAACAACAAUAAUAAUGACGACGACGAAGGCAACGAAUCCGAAGACAACGUUCGCCAUCCUCCGGCCUUAACCAUGAUGCCCAUAACUAGUGACGGCGGAAAUCCGGCAACUGCAUGUCUACCGCCUCACUCUCCAUAUCCUCCUGGGUUCAGCGCUGCCAUGGCCGCUGCAAUGGCUAACCAACAGUUUGCUUCACUUAUGUCAUCACAAGGAAUACCAUUUAUGCCUCAUGCUGCCAUUCAGGCCAUGUACAACUCAUCUCCAACAAGUCUUAUGUUCGCCCCGCCUCCCGGUUUUGCAACUCAUCCUUCUAUGCUGACUAAUGGUAUGUUGAAUCGUAGUGGUUCGGAGGUGGCCGGUGGUAAUAACGAUAACCGGCCCAUGUCACCAUCGCGGGAUAUGAGUCCUGAGAUGAGAAAGGCUAGAGUACAGAACUCAAUGCGCAUACUAAAAGACGAACCAGUACCUGAAGGGUAUCUUAGAUUCAGGUUUAAUGAAGAUUGUCAUUACACGCAUUGCGGGUACAGGGAACAUCAGACACAUUUCCAUUGCAUGCGACAAGAUUGCGGUUACAGUUUUUGCGAUAAGACAAGAUUUGUUCAACACACAGCAAGACACGAAAGACUCGAUACUCUCAUGGGAGGAGAUUUUCAACAAUACCGAGCUAACGUUUCUUGUGGUCGUGCCGACUGUGCAUACGCCUCAGCCAUCAGUACUGGUCAAAAUAAGGCGUCACAUUUCCACUGUUUAAAAUGCGAAUUUGUAUGUACUGACACCAACAAAGUUGUGGCACACAGACGUCAACAUCAAAAACUCGACUCCAUCAUGGCGGCUGGUUUCGAAAAAUUUACACCGGCUCAGACAUGCAGUCAACCAGGUGGAUGUGUUCACUCCGGCAAGCAAACCCAUUAUCACUGCCUUAGCUGCCAAUAUGCUGUACUUGGUCUUUCCCAAAUGACAGCACACAAGUACAGACACAUGGAAUAAUAUGUAUAAUAACAUACACCACAUUAUAUCGAUGAGACGAAUACGUUCAGUUCCUAUGUACAAAUAUAAUUUACUGCUGCUAGAUGAAACUGAAAUGUAGUUUUAAUAUAAGUUUUAUAAUUAAUUUAGUUAAAUAUACGUUCAAAUUUAAUCAAUUGAUGAAGUGUACGUACACGAUUUUUUCGUGUUCACAAUGAUAAUUUAUCGCCAUGAGAGUGAAAAUGCGCUCAAAAUAUAUGCAUGUACAUAAUAUUGUUUGAAAAGGUCUAAUGCCAAAAAUAUAAUUUAAUAUGAACUAGCUAAAAAAACUUAUUCGAGUUUUUCUCCUUAUUUAAUGGUAAAUUGCGUAUUGUUUAACGAUUAUUAUACUAGUCUCGCUAAUUUUUUCUUAUUAAAAUUAUUAUCUUUAAUUUUUUACUAUUAUUAAUUUUAAUCAAUCAUCUUUACCUAGUAAUUAUUUUUGAUCAAUUAUUUAAGUUAUUCAAAAACCGCUCCCUCCCUAACGGUUUUUUCUUUUGUGAUAUUUAUUAUAUUGUAAAAUAAUCUCUUAUUUCUAUCAUCAUUCCCCAGUAUCCCCUUAGUUUUAAAUUAAAAGUUCUGAAUAAUUUUUAUUUUGUAUAGUGCUCUUUAAUGAUGCUGAAAUAACAAAACUUUUAAUUAUAUUACAUUUAAUUGAAACAGAACAUAUAAUAUGUUGUAUAGACUUUGUUGAACAUAGUGCCUUUGGAAGUGUAUAGACAAACGAUUUAUAGAUGUAAACAUUUACAAAAUAUAAUUAAAGUAGAAUAACAGCAUAAUAAGCAACAUUAUGGUAUUAUCCUCAAUUAAGCUAUAUUGAAUAAUUAUAUUAUAUUAUCUUAUAUUUUUGUAAAUCUCUAAAAAAGUUAUCAUUAAGAUAAUUUUGUAUAGAAAAAUAUAAAAUAUUAUUAUAAUCAAGGAUGUUAAUGUUUUUUAGACAAGAGUAUGUGAUAGAAUGUUUUUUAUUUAUCAUUGAAUUUUACGGCUGCCAUAUAAAUAUAUAUUUUUUAAUAAAAUAAUUGUUUUGAUUUUUAUAGAAGUAUUAAUAUGUAUAAUUUACAAUUGUGGAAAUACAUUAUGAUUUCAUUAAAUUAUACUAUUAUGGGUAAAUUAGUGCCUUAAAAUACAUUUUUGUACAUUUUGCAUUAGAUUGUCAUCAAUGUAAAUAGCAUAAUCCUUGUUUUUUUUUUUUUAGUUGUAUUAG